AUGUACUCCUCACGAUAUCUGUUCAAGCCCUUCAGGGCUCCCACUCACUAUAGCCUCGCCAGAACUACUCUAGGUGCCAGUCGAGGCUUCCGCACUACUGCUCCGGCAGCGACUCGCGUGUCCGAAGUGAUCAAAAACGAUCAUCGCGAACUGGAGGAUCAAUAUAAUCGAAUCCUGAGUGCCAAAACGAAAGAUGAAAAGGAACAAUGGCAGAACCAAUUCACCUGGGAGCUCGCCCGCCAUUCCAUCGGUGAAGAGCUCGUGGUAUACCCACGCAUGGAGAAGGUGCUCGACAAUGGCAAAACGAUGGCAGACCAUGAUCGACAUGAACAUCAAAUAGUCAAGGAAGACCUCUACAAAUUCCAGGGACUUCAACCAGACGACCCCGAGUUCAUUCCCACCCUGAAGACCCUCUGGGCCAACCUCGCGCAGCACAUCAAGGAAGAAGAAACCCAAGACCUCCCAGCUCUGGAACAUGCUUUGAGUGAUUCCGACUCCGAUGGCAUGGCACGCUCAUUCGGUCGGACCAAGAAGUUCAUUCCUACCCGUAGCCAUCCGGCAGCUCCUGAUAAGCCACCUUAUGAGACCGUUGCGGGCCUAAUGUCGGCGCCGAUGGACCGAUUAGGUGAUCUGCUCAGGAAAUUCCCUGAUGAAGCAAGAUCUUGA